AUGGAGCGGCUGUUCGCGCUGGAGGUGCUGGUGGAGGCGCUGCGGCUGGCGGAGCCGGGCCCCGCGGAGCUCCCGGGCCCCGCGGAACACCCGGCCGUGGCGCUGCGCCUCUUGGACUUCCCCACCCUCGUGCUGCGCCCCGCCGCCGCAGCGCCGCCCCUGCGGCCGGGGCAGCCCUUCCCCUUCGGCCGCGGCAAGCGGUGCCUGUUCCGCUGGUGCCCGGACUCGCUUUUCGCCGCGCUCCGCCGCCGCCCGCUCCGCGCCCUGCUCCUGGCGCUGCCCGCCGGGCGCGCCCCGGGACCCCCGCGCCUCCUCGGCAGCAGCGCCGUGUCCUUGGCCGCCGCCGCCGAGCUGCUGCAGCGGCCCGGGGCGCCCUCCUCCUGCGGCCUGCGCGGCCGCUUCGUGCUGCGGGACACCGCGGGCCGCUCCGCCGGGGAACUGGUCCUGCGCUACCGCCUCGCCAGCCUGGAGGGCGGUGAGGUGCGCCCCGCCGCUCCCCCCACUGCCACUCCGCCUGCCACCGCCCCUGAACCGCGGGACCGGGAGGAGGAGGAGAAGGAAGAAGAGGAGAAGGAGGAGGAAGAGAAGGAAGAGGAGGAGGACAGUGAGCAGCUGGAAGGCAACGUCUUUUGCCCUCCGCUGCUCUAUUACAGCCGUGAGCCGGCUGAGCCUCAGCGGCCGCCAGCAACAAUGGGGCAAUGGGAGCAUGUCGAGCCCCAGCGACCGCAGAAGGACAAGGGCCACAGCCCCCCACGGCCCAGUGCUGGGCCCUCGCUGCUGCACCCCGCCAGCCCCUGCCAGCCCCAGAACGCCCUGGUGCAGCUGCCACUGCUCAGUGCCUUGCUGGCAGAGCUGUCGGUGCUCACCCGCAGCGCUGUGCCUGCUGCUGCUGCCCCCCCUCACCUUGCCUGGCUCUGCCAGGCCCCAGGGAGUGGAGACACGGCCUCACUGCCCCCCAGUCGCUCUGCUGCCCUCGGGCCUGCAGAGACACCUGUGGGGCCUGGCAGGAGCAGUGAAAUCACGAGCCCUCCGUUCAAACAAGGCUGUCAAAAAGCCUCCUCCCCAGGGUCUUCCGGGGUUGGGAGAAGACCCAAGAAAGCUGUGCCCAAGGCACAGUCAGUCUGUGAAAGGAGCUGCAAAGCUAAGGAGAACAGACCUCCCAGAAAGAAAUUGAUGUAUGGGCUGACGAAUACACUGAGGCUACGGCUGCUGCAGACCAACCCUGAUAAGCUGAUAAUUCAUGAAAGGAGGGAGCAGUACAGAAAAAAUCAAAUGGAGAUGCUGAAAGAGAGAAGCCCCUUACCCAAGAGAAAGUUGAUCAGAAAUACCGAAGAACAGCAUGUGGUGUCUUGCAAGCAUUGUAGCACAGGAGGUAGUUCAAAGCGGAAUAAUCAGUUGGAUAAAAUUGUUCAGACUUCAUUAGAAAACAGUGCCCUCUCAGAGUCAGUUUCUGUGACAGGAGAUUCAUCCCCUGGCCUGCAGAAACCGUCUACUGCAAGUCUAUCCAGGAAGGAUUCAAUAACUACAGCCCCCUUACCGGAGGACAUGCUCUUAAAAUCUGCUCAUGAGGAAAAGUAUGUAAAAGCUCUACUCACAGCAGCAUUCCCAUCAAAUGCUAAUGUGAGAGGAAGUUACAAUGAUGCAACACACUUAAUCCAUCAUAAAACCAUGGAGCAUGAUCAUGUCUCUGUUGUAAGUGGUCAUAAACUAAGCCCCAGCAGGAGUGUUGAAAACAACUCUGAAUUCAUAUAUUCUGAUGACUUUGUUACUAGUCCAGAGAACUCAGUUUGUUCAGAAGAUUUCACCAAUGCUGAGUGUACAGGCAUAGACUCAAAAGUUUGUGACAGCAGUCCUGAACCUCUGUGGCUUGAAAGACCAAAGCAGGAUAGGUCAGAUACAGAGCAAGAAUCCAGCAAGCCCAGAAUUUCAAAGACAAGUGCAAGAGCUCAAAGUACUUCAGAUCUUGUGUCAGUUCCUUCAGCUUCAUCUCCAGUCCAGUCUUUGAGGAGAAACUGUGACUUUAAAACCAGCAUGGGGACGAGUGCCGAGUCUACUGAUUCACUUAACCUUGCUGAGAUGGAGGCAUCAUUAUUAGAAGAGCAGGAAGCCCAACAGAUGAGUAAGGAAGAGAACAGGGGUGAUCGAGAUAUUCAAGAAAUGUCUACACUGAAAAGCAAACAGGUUGCAUCUGAUAUGGAUCUGAAUACAGGAAAGUGGCAGACCUCUACAGGACAAAAGCAAUCAGUAACUCAAGUUAGCUCUUACUUGCCAUCUAACAUGUCUGAUCUUGAACUUAGUGUUCUGGAAGACAGUAGGUCAGACAAAGAAGAUAAUUUUCUGGAAAAACUACAUGGUCCUAAUCAGUACAAAGACAUCAGUGAACUUGUAAUAAACAAACUUCCAGGAUACACAAUGUAAUUAUACCUUUUCACUGGAUUGAGAUACAAUAUUUAAACUUUGUAAAUCCUGUUACAUUUAGUUGCACUAUGUGCAAGUUAAUUUAAAAUUUUACCACGCACAUUUAUUACAUCAGUGAAUUUAGUUACGAGAUUUUUUUUAAUAAAUUACUACUUGAAUCUCUCAAAUGGUGUCUACAGCCUGAUUUCAGUGUUUUAACACUCCUAAUACAAAG